UGGAGAUGGGUUUAUUUCUCAAGUUUAGGCCAUUCAGUGUAUAUGUGGGGGGGGGGGGGUUGACACUAUCUUUAUUAUUUUUCAUUGCACUUUUUAAAAACUCCUCAUUAACUAAACUUGCUUGAUGAAACUUGUGAAUCUAAAUAAUAACUUAAUAAUUUAAAAACCAACCUAGGCCUAGAUCAAUACCUACCAGUACCAGUUUUCAGCAGUAAAGAAUGAUUUUAGCUGUAGCAAGAGGGGAACGGCCGGGAACGCUCUGAACUCCGAACAACAACGCCAAAGAUUUGAAUUCUGUACAAACAUCUCUCAGUGUGUGGUGUUGGCAUCCAGCUGCAACACAUAUCUGCUAACCUACAGCCUACAGUCUACACAGUCUUCUACAGCCAUUCCUCCAGAGAGAUGUCAAAGAGAGACAGUGACAUGUUUUUAGAUGCAGGACCUCCGGCAAAGAUGUUUAGAGAUGACCCCGAUGACAGUGGAGGCGGAAGAACUGGCAGGGUCCGUAAAAAGUCUGCAAAAGUUUUGGAGAUGGAAGAGUUUGAGCAAGCAGAAAAGACCCACCACACAACAAAGAAAGGGAAAACACCAAAAGGAGCACAACCAGGUUUUCCCAGUUUACCUGAAGAGCCAGAGCCAGUUCCUGAACGGCCGUCAGGCUCAACCAAGAAGACGAAAACCACAAAGGCUGCUGGCUUAGUGCCCAUCGAGACAACUCCAGUUUCAACAAAGACGCAGAAAGUGGCUUUCAAGUUGGAGACUCAGACCUCGCCCGGUCAGCCUGUCAAACAAAAUCUUGUGUCGCUGCCACCAAACAGCCUGUUGACUGCUCCUGGGGUGACAAACAUCACAAUCACAUCUUCAGGAGUGAAGACUGAGAGUUCCUCUGAGGCAGGAGUGAUGGAUCAGGCCUCUGGAGGGAAGGAGGAUGGAAAAAGUGUCAUCAAGUACCUGUUAAGCUCUCCCUCCAGUGGCUCAAAGCCUGCUGUCAGCACCAAUGCACUCACAAAACUGACCCCCGCAGGUGCAGCAAGUACGCCCGAGGCGAUAUCGACUGGUAAAAAAGGAAGCAAGAAAAAGGCUCCUCAAGAGAAACUAGAGAAAGCCACACCAAAACCGAAAGCUAAGGCUAAGAAAGUAAAAGCAGAGACUUUGUCUGCAUCAGAGGACUUGUCCUUCUCCGAGUCUGAUCUGUCUGGUUUGGACCUACCGGCGGCAGGUCUCAAGAUGAAAAUAUUUGCCAGUUCAGACCCGUCUACCGCACUUGUGUCCCUGGCCUCCCCACAAGCUAACACAGAGCUACCGAAGCAGCCAAAGCAGAAAAAGUCUAAAAAGGCAAAGCAGGAGACAACGACAAUCGACAGCUUCGCCUCAGAUGUUUCUUUUGGAAUGCUCAGUGGCCCUGGGUCGGACAGCGAUGUAGAUGUCAAGAAACCAGCAAAGAAAAACCCCCCAAAGAAACUGGUAAAGAAGAAAGAAAAGCUGAUACAAGACGCGAUUUCUGCAGCAAAACAGAUGCCAAAUCUUGCUGCACUAGUUGCGUCUCAAGGUCCCCUGGCCGGACAAGCUGUUUCCUCCGGUGUAGCUGUGCAGAAAGCGAGCCAGAAACCGAAGAAAAAACCCAAAGCAGCAUCUCCCUUGUUAUCUGGGGACAGCCCUUCGGACUCGGCAGUUAAGUCUGAACUGUCAUUUGAAGAGGAUGGUGAAGAAGAUGAGGUCAACUUGGUCAUAGCUGAAACGGAAAAGAAGAGAAAAAAGACAGUGUUGAAGAAAAAAGCUCCAUCUGGAAAAGGGAAAUUAUCACCCUCAAAGGGGGAAAAGCCGGAGAAAAAGUUGCCUAAGCGAGCCCCCACAGCUUACAUGUUGUUCUGUAACACUCACAGGCCAACAAUUGUCAACGAAAAUCCUGGUAUCGAAUUUGCUGGAAUCAGCAGAAAACUAGGGGAGAUGUGGCAGACUCUGUCAAGUAAACAAAAGAUUUCUUGGAGAAGAAAGGCCCAGCGGAGGAUGAAAAGAGGCUCCCAUCUCAUCUCUACUGGCAAGGUCUCAAAAGAGGCACAGCUGACCUCGGCCGGUCCUCUAACCAUGGGUGGUAUAAAUCAGCUUAACUCUGGACUGAAGCUGUCCACGAUCCUGCAGAAAUCUCCCCGAUCUCUUUCUGAUGACUCUCCCCAGAGUCCUACCAAGCAAAAUUUCAGCAUAGAGCCUAUUGAUGUAGCUGCUCACUUGAAGUUGCUGGGCGAGUCCCUCAGUAUCAUUGGAAUGAGGCUUCAAGAGCAUAAGGGAAUGAUCGCAGUCCAGGGCAGCCUGUCAGUUCUCCUGGACUCGCUGCUGUGUGCCUGCGGCCCCUUGCUGUGCCUCACGCAGCAGAUCCCCGGCAUGGAUGGGUGCUCUCCCUCGGUCCACGCACAGACACUAGACAGUGUGGCUUAUGUUAUGCCGGGAUUGUAAAUGAUACUAGUUUUAACUCUUUAUUUCCAGGAUGGGGGGGGGGGUAAACCCACUAUGCCAUGGCCCUUUUUUGGUUCAAAAUUUAAAAGUGACGUGUACGGUACGCCUCUAAAUUGGUCAUUAAAUCAAAAUAAGUGACCUAUUUUGAUAGGUCUUCAUGUGAUGAAAAUUCCUGGUAAAAGAGACCUGUUUUCGGCAGUUGCCGAAGAGUAAUUUGACAUCGAAGUCGUCAUAAAGGAAUGUGCCCGAGCUGCUGUCAGCGGCACACCGACACAGGGGUUCAGACCACGAGCCACUGAGAGUGGCUGGCCGAACAUAAGGGGUUAAUCCAUGACACUCCACACGGAGCGCGGGGGGGGGGGGAGGGGGUGUCAAGUUAGAUGAGACAGUUCAGGAAAGAAGAGUAGGAGAAUGGAGAGUAGAGAAAUACAGAUGAGAGCAGCAUAGAGGUGUAUUGUGUUUGAAGUUGAAAUGUUUGACCGGCUAUAACCAGACUUUAGUAAAGACAAAGACCUCGUUUUCUAUGAUACUACUUCAGCACUCAUAGUGGCUGAGUGGAUACAGUGCUUCCAAUCUUCUUACGUAAGGUCGUACAAUCAGAUAAAACAACACACACUCUUGUAAAAAUGAGUGAUAUGGGUUGUUGGCAAUAAUCUCUUUAAACGGGCUGCCAAACGUUAUUUUCAAAUUUUCAAUCCUGCCUCUAUAAGCACAACAUUUCAAUUUGGUCAUGGUUGGGGAAGGGGGGGGGGGCACUUUGCUACCUGAACCACCACCGGUACGUUGUCCAUGAACCCGGCUGGGGGCAUGUGCCACCCCACACCCCUAAGACUAACAUAGAAUUUUCCUAGUCAAAUGGAAUUGGCUGCAGUCUGUAGUAACAAAAAAGUAAGAGCUAUCUCUUUCAGUGGGAGGUGUGUUCUCUUUGUAAAUAUGUACAUAAAUUGCUAUUGCAUUAAGGGGUAUUUCUUGUUUUUGAACACCUCAUGAUAUUUCCUUUUAAAUUUUUCUGUAAACUUCUUUUUUUUAAUGUAACUUUAAGCGUGCAAGUGUGUUUUGUUUUUUCAAUGGAGGAUAGUUUUGUCAGGAUUUGAGUAACACUGAAAUGCCUGUCUAUGACACUUUGUCUUCCUAAAUUAAAUAUCAAAUAU